UUCGAGCCGCCGCACGCCCAGCAGUUGCCCUGCGAAGCGUCUCUCGGUUCCGCCAAGUGUCGUUUCGGGCUAUUAACACAAUCUCGCUGUCGAAUCCGCGCAUCAUGGCCGCUCUCGACGCCCAAAAAUACACGCCCGCCGAGGAGUCCGAAAUUCAGGCGUGGCUCGACAAGGCCAAUUCGCUGAAGCUGGCCGCGUCCGACGCUCUUCUCGACACGCUCAACGCCGACCUCGCGACCCGCACCACGGCGCUCGGGACCAAGCCUAGCAAGGCCGACGUCGCCUUGUACGAGUCGCUCGCCCCGCUGGUCAAGUCAUGGACCCCGGAGCAGCGCACAGGCCAGCAGGGCCGCCCGAAUAUCGUGCGACUUGUCGACUUUGUGCAGAACAGCCCGUUCUUCGGCCUCAACGUCGCCGACGCGGACAAGGUGUCGGUCGACACCGAUGAGAUCCUCUAUGUCAAGCCGCCUGUCGAUGCCAAGGCCGAGAAGGAGCGUCUAAAGAAGGAAAAGGCUGCUGCCGCUGCGGCGGCCGCCGCUGGCGGAGACAAGACGCUCGUGGACCGGACAAAGGACGCCGCCGCAGCUGUGGCCGAUAAGGCCGCUGAGGUGAAGGAUAAGGUGGUCGAGGCCGUUGCCGGCGAGGGCAAGCAAAAGCAGAAGAAGGAGAAAAAGGAGAGGGCACCCAAGCAGCCGACCGCUCCCCCCGCACCUACUAUCGUGUCUCCCUGCCUGAUCGACCUGCGCGUGGGCCACAUACUCAAGGCGAUCAAGCACCCCGAAGCCGACUCGCUCUACGUUUCGACCAUCGCCAUGGGUGACGCGCCGGGCACGGAAGACACGACCGAGUAUGAAGGUCAGGUGUGCCGGACAGUCUGCUCCGGCCUGAAUGGGCUGGUUCCGCUGGAGGAGAUGCAGGGUCGCAAGGUGGUGGUGGUGUGCAAUCUGAAGCCGGUUAAGAUGCGCGGGAUCAAGUCGUCCGCCAUGGUGCUCGCUGCGUCGCCGAAGCCCAAGGAAGGCGAGGACGACCACAAGGGCCCUGUCGAGCUCGUCAACCCGCCUGCGGAUGCCAAGGCGGGCGAGAGGGUCUACUUCGAAGGGUGGCAGGGCGAGCCGGAGAAGGUGCUCAACCCCAAGAAGAAGAUUUGGGAGACCUUCCAGCCCGGCUUCACCACCACCGACGAUCUCGAGGUGGCCUUUGAUGCUGGCGUCGUUGAGGCACUAGAGGGCAAGACCGGCCUAGGCAAGUUGGUGACGGCGAGUGGUGGUGUGUGCAAGGUUGCCAGCUUAAAGGGCGCCCAGGUGCGGUAAAAGAAUUUAGAACCCAGGUGUAUGGAGAUACCAGCGGGACA